AGGCGGAGGCGGGCGGCGGCGCCUGCGCGGUCGGGCUCGGUCGACAGUUCGCAGGGGAGGAGGCGGCGGGAGGCGGAGGAGGCGGCGGCGGCGAUGGAGGUGAAGCGGCUGAAAGUGACCGAGCUGCGGUCGGAGCUUCAGCGGCGGGGCCUGGAUUCGCGCGGCCUCAAAAUGGAUCUGGCUCAGCGGCUUCAGGAGGCACUGGAUGCUGAGAUGUUGGAGGACGAGGCUGGCGUUGGUGGGGCCGGGCCCGGCGGGGCCUGCAAGGCGGAGCCUCGGCCUGUGGCCGCGUCGGGCGGAGGCCCGGGCGGGGACGAGGAGGAGGACGACGAGGAGGAGGAGGAGGACGAGGAGGCGCUGCUUGAGGAAGAAGACGAGGAGCCACCACCUGCUCAGGCUUUGGGCCAGGCCGCGCCGCCGCCUCCGGAACCCCCGGAGACGUCAGCCAUGGAGGCCGAGCCCGAAGCUUCCGACAUACCGGCGGAGGCCACGGCCGGGUCAGGUGGGGUAAAUGGUGGCGAAGAGCAUGACAACGGCAAGGGGGAGGAAGACGGGCCGGAGGAACGGAGCGGAGACGAGACUCCCGGAUCCGAGGCACCGGGUGACAAGGCCGUAGAGGAACAAGGAGAUGACCAAGAUAGUGAAAAGUCAAAACCAGCAGGCUCAGAUGGUGAGCGGCGGGGGGUAAAGAGACAGCGGGAUGAGAAGGAUGAACAUGGCCGAGCUUACUAUGAAUUCCGAGAGGAGGCUUACCACAGCCGCUCAAAGUCCCCACCACCUCCAGAAGAAGAAGCAAAAGAUGAAGAGGAGGAUCAGACGCUUGUGAACCUGGACACGUAUACCUCGGAUCUCCAUUUUCAAAUAAGCAAAGACCGAUAUGGAGGCCAGCCACUUUUCUCAGAAAAAUUCCCUACCCUUUGGUCUGGGGCAAGAAGUACUUAUGGAGUAACAAAGGGAAAAGUAUGCUUUGAGGCCAAGGUAACUCAGAAUCUCCCAAUGAAAGAAGGCUGCACAGAAGUCUCCCUCCUUCGAGUUGGGUGGUCUAUUGAUUUCUCCUGUUCUCAGCUUGGUGAAGAUGAAUUCUCCUAUGGUUUUGAUGGAAGAGGACUCAAGGCAGAGAAUGGGCAAUUUGAGGAAUUUGGCCAGACCUUUGGGGAAAAUGAUGUUAUUGGCUGUUUUGCUAAUUUUGAGACAGGAGAAGUUGAACUUUCCUUCUCCAAAAAUGGAGAAGACCUGGGUGUGGCAUUCCGAAUCAGCAAGGAAUCUCUAGGAGAUCGAGCCCUUCUACCCCAUGUCCUUUGCAAAAAUUGUGUCAUAGAAUUAAACUUUGGUCAGAAGGAGGAGCCCUUUUUCCCACCACCAGAAGAGUUUGUGUUCAUCCAUGCUGUACCUGUUGAGGAACGUGUGCGGACUGCAGUCCCUCCCAAGACCAUAGAGGAGUGUGAGGUGAUUCUGAUGGUGGGACUUCCUGGAUCUGGAAAGACCCAGUGGGCACUGAAAUAUGCAAAAGAGAACCCCGAGAAAAGAUACAACGUCCUGGGAGCUGAGACUGUGCUCACACAAAUGAGGAUGAAGGGGCUUGAGGAGCCAGAGAUGGACCCCAAGAGUCGAGACCUCUUAGUUCAGCAAGCCUCCCAGUGCCUUAGUAAGCUGGUCCAGAUUGCUUCACGGUCAAAGAGGAACUUUAUUCUCGAUCAGUGUAAUGUGUACAACUCUGGCCAACGAAGGAAGUUAUUGCUGUUCAAGACCUUCUCCAGGAAAGUGGUGGUAGUUGUUCCUAAUGAGGAAGACUGGAAGAAAAGGCUGGAGUUGAGGAAAGAAGUGGAGGGAGAUGAUGUGCCUGAGUCUAUAAUGCUGGAGAUGAAAGCCAACUUCUCUCUGCCUGAGAAAUGCGACUAUAUGGAUGAGGUGACAUAUGGGGAGCUGGAAAAAGAGGAAGCUCAGCCCAUUGUUACUAAAUACAAGGAGGAAGCAAGGAAGCUGCUGCCCCCCUCUGAGAAGCGGACAAACCGCCGGAACAACCGCAACAAGAGAAACCGGCAGAACCGAAGCCGAGGCCAAGGCUAUGUGGGCGGGCAGCGCCGAGGCUACGACAACCGGGCCUACGGGCAGCAGUACUGGGGGCAGUCUGGAAACAGAGGGGGCUACCGUAAUUUCUAUGAUCGAUACAGGGGUGACUAUGAACGAUUCUACAGUCGAGAUUAUGAAUACAACAGAUACAGAGACUAUUACAGACAAUACAACCGGGAUUGGCAGAAUUACUACUACCACCACCAACAGGACAGAGACCGAUACUACAGGAAUUACUACGGUUACCAAGGGUAUCGGUGAAGCCCCUGCUGUUUUCGCCUGUCAGCCAUGAAGCUGAGUCUCUGGGG